UAUUUAUUGCACUUAAUUGGUUAAAAUACACCCAAUUCUGAAGCCGAAUCUUUGAUAUUUGCAGACAGUCUGGUAGCUUACAGUGUCUUAAUUUUUAUAUGUUGUUUGGGACAUUGAAUCGAUAAGAAUAUAUAUAUCGAUACAUUUCUUUAAAUAUUCAGCACAGCAACAGCAUGUAAAUGUAAAAUUGAUAUGAUUUCAUAAAACCAGUUCAGUUUAUUCAAAUACUCAAUCCACCAACCAAUGAAUGAAACUAAUUUCGCAAUUAAGUUGAAAACUGCAAGAGGACCUGGCACAGCCAGAGUAGCGUAAGCAGUCGAAGAUUAAGAAAGCCCUUAUUAAAAAUGAUGUACCUGCGCCGCCUGUUCACCCAGGAACUGUCGCCUGUCACGCAGAGCGACCUGUUGGGCUGCCUACAACAUGCGCCCCAACAGCUGAUGUGUGGCGGAUUUGCGGGUGCACCCGCUUUGGAAAGUUUGUCCUGGUUACACAAUCUGGCGCCGUGCUUUCCGCUGCGUGGCGAACAGAUACAGAUUAUCCAUGAACCGCAGCACUUUUAUCAAACAUUGAUACAGCGCAUCACACAAGCCAAAAAGCGCAUUGUAUUGGCCAGCCUGUACCUGGGGACGGGUCAACUAGAGAGCUCCUUUGUGCAAACGUUGCGUCACAGCCUGAAGGCGGAAUCGUCACUGCGCCUAAAUGUUCUCCUGGACUUUACACGGGGUACACGUGGAGCGGCCAACUCGAAGACCAUGCUCCUGCCACUGGUGCGUGAGUUUGGUGAACAGGUGCAAUUUUCGUUGUACCACACUCCGGACUUGCGAGGCAUGACCAAACGAUUGGCGCCACCCCGCUGGAACGAGCUCUUUGGACUACAGCACAUGAAAGUGUACUUAUUUGACGAUGCGGUCAUUAUAUCAGGGGCCAAUUUAUCCAAUGACUACUUCACCAAUCGACAAGAUCGCUACAUUCUAAUUGAGGACAAAUCGUUAGCUGAUUUCUAUGCACAAUUUAUUGAGCGCGUGCAGGAGUUCAGCUUAGCUGUGGACGCUGAUGCGGCGGAAAAACUGCAUCGAAAUUGGCGUAUCUUACCUUACGAAGGCACCAAAGAUCAAUUUAUUCGUCUGGCUAAAGAGCGAAUAAAAAAUUUCGUACAGGAUGCGUACCAGAGGCAAUUGCAACUCAGGGAGCAAAGCAGCCAGGCGGACACGUGGGUCUUCCCAUUGCUAGAGAUGGGUCAGAUUGGCAUACACCAUGACAGCGUGGUGACCAAACAGUUGCUAUCGAAAUGCAUUGCCGGCUCUCGUCUCAAACUUGCCACCGGUUACUUCAAUCUCACGCAGGAGUACAUGGACACUAUCACGCACAAGUGCCUGGCGCAAUGCAGCAUACUCAUGGCUCAUCCGAAUGCAAAUGGAUUCCAGGGCGCCAAAGGACCCGCUGGCGGUAUUCCCGCUGCCUAUACACUGAUUGCGAAGAGUUUUUAUGAAAGCUUAGUGCGACGACAGCAAAAUCAUCGCGUAAACUUUUUCGAAUACGAAAAGCCCGGCUGGACCUACCAUGCGAAGGGUCUUUGGUAUUAUUUACCCGAGGCUCGCCUACCCAAUUUAACGUUAAUCGGUUCCUCAAACUUUGGGGAGCGCUCGGUCAAUCGUGAUCUAGAGACCCAGGUGUGUCUGGUGACUGUUAACGAGGAGCUCAGUCAGCGACUUCAAAACGAGUCGGAUCGCCUGUAUGACCUGUCAACGACAGCGGAGCGUGAGAUUGUCCGGAGGCCUGUGCCGCGUUGGGUACAGGCAGUGGUGCGCAUAUUUAGAAAUUUCUUUUAGCUGUAAAUACCAAGUCACAUGCAUAGUUCAAUUGUUGAUGUUAAGGGCCAGUUACUAUAUUUGUAGUCUA